AAGCGACUUACGUAAUGUCAACUGUCAUUAUAAUCAAGAUGGUUUUACGCUCAAUUUUCGUUUUAUCUAUGUUAUAGGUCAACACAAUUCAUUAGAAUAAUUAAUUUUAAGUUUGUUAUUCUGUGAUAAUUUUCUGUAGAUGGUGUACGCAAAUCAUAUAAAUACUAAUUUAUAAAGGUUUUCCAUGGUGUAUACUACGUUUGGUUUAGGUUAAGAUUAUUAGUUAAUGUUUAUAUUGUAUAAAAUUUUACAUUGAAACUAAGGUAUACCUACUAACAUCUAAGAACAUUUUAAAAAUGAGUGCACAACCAAGCCCAGCAAAUCAAACUGUUGAACGUGAAAGGGUUUACAUGUGGAUUCUGGAACUCACAAAUCCAGAAACUAGAGAAAAUGCUCUUUUAGAAUUAAGUAAAAAAAGGGAGGUAGUGCCGGAUUUAGCACCCAUGCUGUGGAAUAGUUUUGGCACAACUGCUGCAUUAUUACAAGAAAUUAUUAAUAUUUAUCCCGCAAUAAACCCACCAACUCUUACUGCACAUCAGUCUAAUAGGGUGUGCAAUGCUUUAGCUCUUCUUCAGUGUGUAGCUUCACAUUCAGAAACUAGGUCACAGUUUUUACUCGCCCAUGUUCCUUUAUUUUUAUAUCCAUUUUUACACACUUCAUCAAAGACCAGGUCAUUUGAAUACUUAAGACUAACAAGUUUAGGAGUUAUAGGAGCUUUAGUAAAGACGGAUGAACAAGAGGUGAUAACUUUCUUAUUAACCACAGAAAUAAUUCCUUUGUGCUUAAGAAUUAUGGAAUCUGGUUCUGAACUUAGUAAGACUGUUGCAACUUUUAUUUUACAAAAGAUAUUAUUAGAUGAUAGUGGAUUGUCCUACAUUUGUCAAACAUAUGAUAGGUUUAGUCAUGUAGCUAUGAUUUUGGGUAAAAUGGUUAUAUCUCUUGCCAAAGAACCUUCAGCUAGGCUAUUAAAACAUGUUGUAAGGUGUUAUCUUCGGUUAUCAGAUAAUCCAAGGGCUAGAGAAGCUCUUAGACAAUGUCUUCCUGAUCAAUUGCGAGAUAAUACUUUCAAUGUAUGCCUUCAAGAAGAUAAAUCUACGACACAUUGGUUAGCCCAGUUAUUGAAAAAUUUGGAAACAACAGCUGCGACUGAUCCAAGACAAGUUGGAAUGUCCCCGUUAACUUCUCAAUAGUAUAUAAGAUUGUUGGGAAAGUAAAUAAUCUGAAAACUUGUAUGAAACGGCUGUGUAACCAAAUUUACAAGACAAUUGUACAUCUAAAAAUAGUUAUUGAAAAUAUAAAGUUUGCAAAAUGAGUAUUAAGUAUGAUAUUCACAAAAGAAUUGUUAACUGUGAAAAAUAUAUUUUACUCUAAAACUUUUUAUAUGUUAGGUUUUCAGUUAAUUAUUGAAAAUUUAUAAAAUAUUAGGGAACUAAAAUAGUGAAGUCCCAAGCAUCUAUAAUUUUUUAUGAGAAUAACUGGAUAUCUUCAUUUAAUUUAAAUAAUCACAUUAUCAAACGUUUACAAUAGAAACUUCUAGGGGUGCAUUCCACUAAGCAUUCACGGCGCCUGAAAUACUCUUUUAGGCGUUCCACAUAUCGUCGCGGCUAGAACGUCACUCAUGACUUCACAUCGACCCUUGUCAAGAGGUGGGUCGAAGUGAGCUACCCAGAUUGCAACUAUUCGAAUACUUUUGAAGCAUUUUUAUGAGACACCACCAAAUAUUUUACUGGAACUCCAAAAGAUAUUUUCAUUUUACUGUUAAUCAGUUAAGCACUUAAAUAAAAAUUCAAUAACUUACAAAUUAUAACAUAACAUCUUAAAGCUUUCGAUUUAUUUUAUUUGUUAAUAUUUAUCUCAACGUUCAAAACGCCUUGCAAGCCAUUCCACUUGGGUUUACAAUUAUAACGCUCUGGAUCGGGAAAGAUAGUGGCCGUGAGAGUGAUUGGGUGCUUAGUGGAAUGUACCCUAUUAGGAAAAUCAGAAACCACUUGAACAUUACAACUUAAACCUGUGUGUCUAAUUCAUAGCUUUCUAAAAUGAAUUUUCAUUUUGUAAAAUAUUUUAAUCCCAAAAGUUCAUGUUAACCCUCUACUUGAUUGUAUUUGAAUAUUUGAUGGUUGUUUAGGCUUUAUUUGAAAAUAAAAUUUACUACAAAAAAGAAUAUUAAAAAAAUUUACUUACAUAAAGAAAAAAACAAAGGUCGUAUAGGGGUUCAUAUGCACCCAAAACAAAUUUUAAUAAAAAAAAGUACAGGCAUAUAUGGGUUCGUAUGAAGAAUGAAGAAACAAAUACAAAUUGAGGUGUUUAGUAUAAAAUAAAAGCUACAAUAAUUUUAAUCAUGACAUGAUAAACAGUUUCAUUUAACAUUUGUUACACUUUGUGUAAGUUUUUUGGCCACGAAAUUGACAUUUUUGUCGUUUUUUCAUACAUUCAGGCAUAUGGUCUAUUUUGUCAGUUCUCAUGGAGUAUAAAGGUACAUCUUGAUGACUGAUAGGAACUUACCUCACUUUCUUUGGUAGUAGGACUUCCUUGCCAAGAAACUGGUGUUCCAUCACUACAUUUACAGAGGACGCCUUCUUUUUCGUGUCAUUAUAGUUUCACAUAAUUUGCCUAAGUGUUCUGAAACAGCUUGCUUGAAAUCAAAUAUAGACAUGUAAACGUCUGAAUUGUUUCUGUGCUAUUUUUACCAUUUUUUGGAUCUCAAAUGAAUUCUAUACAAACCAAGCAUAGAGUCCAAUAAAGCAACGCCCCGCAUAAGCCAAUUUCAUACUUCAACUUAUUGAGGGCAAUUAAUGUUUUUGUCUAGUUUUUCCUUUCUAAAGUAUUUUCGUUUUGUAGUCGUUGGUUCACUACCUACCUAAGUCGAAAGCAUAUUAACCGGUUUAUUAUCAAACCAAGUAACGGCACCAACACUAUCUUCGUCAAUGGUAGCAACUUUUACAAUGAAAAA